UGCGCAUUAAUAUAAACCUGUGAUUUGACUUGCAGCCCGGAACUACUUUCAGAGCUGAAUCUAUGGAUGAGGGCCGUUAAAUUCCUUCAUGUAAAGAUCCCUCCCCUUUAAGAUGCGCCGUUCCCUUUAAGCGUGUAACGGCUGCAGUGUUGUCACUGGGUUGAAUUUAUGUCUGUGGACACUAUUUUAGCCGAACCUCCUUAAAGCAGUUUUGUAUCUCUGAUUUCGCUUCAUGAACAACGUCUAAGUGUUUCUAGCUCCAAGGUAGUGUGUAUUAAGGGCACUUCUCGGCGGGUCUCGGCGAUGUUCGGGGUUCUUUUGUGUCUGUUGUGUUUGCUAAACAUUACCGGCCCGGUUCUCGGAUACUUUCCCGAAGAGCGCUGGAGUCCUGAAUCACCUCUUCUGGCUCCGAGGGUCGUUAUUGCUCUCAUCUGCCGAAAUUCGGCCCACUCCCUUCCUUAUUUCCUCGGAACCAUUGAGCGCUUGAAUUAUCCGAAGGACCGCAUUGCACUUUGGGUUGGGACCGAUCAUAAUGCAGACAACACAACAUAUAUGCUCCGAGACUGGCUGGUCAGCGUACAGAAGCUGUACCACUAUGUGGAAUGGAGACCUAAAGAGGAGCCAAGGGCAUACAGUGAUGAGGAAGGACCCAAACACUGGACCAACCUUCGAUACGCUCAUGUGAUGAAGCUUCGCCAGGCCGCACUGGAAUCAGCCCGAGAGAUGUGGGCUGAUUAUUUACUGUUGGUCGACUGUGACAAUCUCCUGAUUGACCAGGAUGUGUUGUGGAAGCUGAUUAAGGAGAAUAAGACCAUUGUUGCCCCGAUGCUGGAGUCUCGAGCGGCUUAUUCCAAUUUCUGGUGUGGGAUGACAUCUCAGGGUUACUAUAAGCGCACCCCUGCAUACAUCCCCAUACGUAAGCGGGUGAGGACAGGCUGCUUUGCGGUGCCCAUGGUUCACUCCACCUUCCUGAUGGAUCUGCGUAAAGAAGCGUCCAGACUCCUGGCGUUUCACCCUCCGCACGAGGACUACAGCUGGGCCUUCGAUGACAUCAUAGUGUUCGCCUUCUCAGCCCGAAUGGCAGAGGUGCAGAUGUUUGUGUGUAAUAAAGAGACGUAUGGGUUUUCAUCCGUUCCCCUGCGCUCCCACAAUACGCUACAGGACGAAGCCGACAGCUUCCUUCACUCUGUUCUGGAGGUCAAUGUGCGACAUCCCCCUGUCGAGCCCUCCAAGUAUCUCCGCCCCUCCGUCAGACAGCCUGAUAAGAUGGGCUUUGAUGAGGUGUUUAUGAUAAACCUGCAGCGCCGGACCGAUCGGAGAGAUCGCAUGCUCCACGCGCUCCGCCUGCAAGGGAUCGACUGCAAGAUCGUGGCUGCUGUUGAUGGCAAAGCCAUGAACGUGAGCGAGAUCCAAAAUAUGGGGAUCCACAUGCUGCCGGGCUACAGCGACCCUUACCACGGCCGUCCUCUAACAAAAGGAGAACUGGGCUGCUUCCUCUCUCACUACAACAUUUGGAAAGAGAUUGUCGAGCGUGGCCUGAAGACCUCGCUGGUGAUUGAAGAUGAUCUGCGGUUUGAGAUUUUCUUCAAGCGGCGCCUGAUGAACCUGAUGGCUGAGGUGGAGAGCGAGGGGCUCGACUGGGACCUGAUCUACAUCGGGAGAAAGAGAAUGCAGGUGGACCAUCCAGAGAAAGCUGUGCCAAACAUACACAACCUGGUGGAGGCAGACUAUUCCUAUUGGACGCUAGGUUACAUGAUGUCAUUACAAGGAGCCAAAAAGCUGCUGAAGGCAGAACCACUGAGCAAGAUGAUGCCUGUAGAUGAAUUUCUUCCUGUAAUGUUCAAUAAACAUCCUGUCUCAGACUAUAUGGAGCAGUUUGAGACGCGAGACCUGAAGGCGUUCUCGGCCGAGCCUUUGCUCGUCUUCCCCACUCACUACACGGGCGAGCCGGGAUACAUCAGCGACACGGAGACAUCCACCAUAUGGGACAACGAAGGUGUGCGUACAGACUGGGAUAGAAAACGCUCCCGGAAGACUCAUGAGGAGGAAGAGAUCAGCCCGGAGGCUCAGAACUCAGACGUGCUGCAGUCUCCUCUGGACAGCAUGGCAAGGGACGAGCUCUGAGCCACGCUGCAUCCAUGAGAGAGGGAGGAAAUUCUUCAGUGUGUUACAUUUCUUUUAACAUUAUCACACUGUUUGUGCCUUUCGACUGACCAAAGAUAGCCUUUUUUUUUUCUUUUUUUAUCUUCCAAGUGUUGGGUUCAAGGUUGUUGGUUUUUUUUUAUCUCCCUAUUCUAAACCUUUGUGUCUUUAGUCGUUCUAGGUGAUCAUGUGACUGUGUGAUUUAAGCACUGACUUUCCUUUCAUGCUUUUCCUGCCUGCUGUAGUCCACUCAUUUCAGUCCCAAGGAAGAAGACCAGAGGAAGAUAAGAGUCAUAGAUUGGUUACUUCAUCACUGUUAGUUUCAAUUAACAUUAUUAGUGAUGAUCAUUUUUAGUGCAUGAGAAGUCUUUCUUUUUUUUAAACUAUAUUGUCCAUCUAUAUGUCCAAAGGCAGAAAGCAUUUUUGUGAUAUCGCAUUUUGUUACAUCACCAUCUGUACAAAUGUUAUCGUCAUGAAACCUCCACAAAAAAUGUCCAUCCCCCCCAAGGUGGUUGUAUGUGGUCUUGGUUUUUUACAGGUAAAAUGAUCCAAAAGAAAGAAAGAAGUGAAAAUCAAACUGUAUUCGAAACGGUCACAGUGAUGUGUAUCUGGUAUGCCUUAAAAAUGUAAAUGAAUUAACACUCCAAAUCGA